AUGAAGCCUCAGAAGGAUCAGACCCCCAUCCACGAAUCAAGCACUCGAUUGGAGGAACUGGAGAAGACUUGUGAAGAGCACCGUGAGAAGAUUGAAGCUUCGGAACAAAGGACUUCAGAAAUAGACCAGCAAGAGCAAACCUUGGCUGUACGUAUAGAAGAGUGGCUCAAGAAGUCUGAAGGGAAGGAAACAAGAACACAGGACGCGAUGAAGAUUCUGCUGAAGAGGGUGAAGGCUUCCUCCGACUAG